AUGGCUGACGGUGUUUUCCAAGGUGCUAUUGGUAUCGAUUUAGGUACCACCUAUUCAUGUGUUGCUACUUACGACUCCGCAGUGGAGAUCAUUGCCAACGAGCAAGGUAACCGUGUUACUCCUUCCUUCGUUGCUUUCACUCCUGAAGAGAGAUUGAUUGGUGACGCUGCUAAGAACCAAGCUGCUUUAAACCCAAAGAACACUGUUUUUGACGCUAAGCGUUUGAUUGGUAGAGCCUUUGAUGACGAGUCUGUCCAAAAGGACAUCAAGUCUUGGCCAUUCAAGGUUGUCAACGACAACGGUAACCCAUUGAUUGAGGUUGAGUACUUGGGUGAGACCAAGCAAUUCUCUCCUCAGGAAAUUUCGUCCAUGGUUUUGACCAAGAUGAAGGAGGUCGCUGAGGCUAAGAUCGGUCAAAAGGUCGAGAAGGCUGUUGUCACCGUCCCAGCUUACUUCAACGAUGCUCAAAGACAAGCUACUAAAGACGCUGGUGCCAUUUCUGGUCUGAACGUUUUGCGUAUCAUCAACGAACCUACUGCCGCCGCCAUUGCUUACGGUCUUGGUGCUGGUAAGUCUGAGGAGGAGAAGCACGUUUUGAUUUUCGAUUUGGGUGGAGGAACUUUCGAUGUUUCCCUGUUGCACAUUGCUGGUGGUGUCUUCACUGUUAAGGCCACUGCUGGUGACACCCACUUGGGUGGUCAGGACUUUGACACCAACUUGUUGGAGUUCUUCAAGAAGGAAUUCCAGAAGAAGACCGGUAAGGACAUCUCCGACGAUGCCAGAGCCUUGAGAAGAUUGAGAACUGCUUGUGAGCGUGCUAAGAGAACUUUGUCUUCUGUUGCUCAGACCACGGUUGAAGUCGACUCCUUGUUCGAUGGUGAAGACUUCACUGCUGAAAUCUCCAGAGCUAAAUUCGAGGCUAUCAACGCUGAUUUGUUCAAGUCUACUUUGGAGCCUGUUGAACAAGUUUUGAAGGACUCAAAGAUCGAGAAAUCCAAGGUCGAUGACGUCGUCUUGGUUGGUGGUUCCACCAGAAUUCCAAAGGUCCAAAAGCUGUUGUCUGACUUCUUCGAUGGUAAGCAAUUGGAGAAAUCCAUCAACCCUGAUGAGGCUGUCGCUUACGGUGCCGCCGUUCAAGGUGCUAUUUUGACCGGUCAAUCUACCUCUGAAGAGACCAAGGACUUGUUGUUGUUGGAUGUUAUCCCUCUUUCUUUGGGUGUUGCCAUGCAAGGUAACGUCUUUGCCCCAGUUGUUCCAAGAAACACCACUGUCCCAACUAUCAAGAGAAGAACUUUCACCACUGUUGACGACCACCAAACCACUGUUCAAUUCCCAGUUUACCAGGGUGAGCGUGUCAACUGUUCUGAGAACACCUUGUUGGGUGAGUUCGACUUGAAGAACAUUCCUCCUAUGUCUGCUGGUGAGCCAGUGUUGGAGGCUAUCUUUGAGAUUGAUGCCAACGGUAUCUUGAAGGUUACCGCUGUCGAGAAGUCUACCGGAAGAUCUGCCAACAUCACUAUUUCUAACUCUAUUGGUAGAUUGUCUUCUUCCGAGAUCGAAAAGAUGAUCAACGAUGCUGACAAGUUCAAGAAGGCUGACGAGGACUUCGCUAACCGUCACGAAUCCAAACAGAAGUUGGAGGCUUACGUUUCCUCCAUUGAGUCUACCAUCACUGACCCAAUUUUGUCUUCCAAGCUAAAGAGAAGUGCUAAGGACAAGAUCGAGUCUGCUUUGUCUGACGCUUUGGCUGCUUUGGAGCUAGAAGAUGCUUCCGGUGAUGACUUCAGAAAAGCUGAAUUGGCAUUGAAACGUGUGGUUACCAAGGCUAUGGCAACCCGUUAA